CCAUGUAUAUAUUUCGUCCUGGCGGCAUUCUAAGACUCACCACUGCUCAGACAUUCCCAGUCUGCUGACUUCACUGCGAGUAAGGCGAUUAACCAUAGUUUUGCAUAAUGAAGAUCGUCCUCCUUUUUGGUCUUCUGGCUACUGCGUUCGCCAUCGAUUCAUCGGGUCCUUUCAGCUACAGCACAAAAGAGAUCCGAGUAGUGUUCGAUUUUCUGGACAGGAACAUGGAUGGAAUCAUCCACCAGAGUGAACUUUUUACAAAGUUUAGGAAGGAUGAUACAAACGACGAUAAAAAGGUGAGCUAUGAAGAAUUUACUGCUGGGUUCCCUCCUGAGAUACCAUCAAGUCUAAUCAACGGCACUUUUAUCUUCUUCGAUGGAAUGGACGACAACAUUGACGGCGUUCUGGAUCCAUCCAUCGUUUGCCGCCUUUUCACCUUCCUGGAUGCUAACAACAACAGGAAAGGCGUAUUUGGGGAGUUUAAAACUGUUGUUGAUCAGGUGCUCAGCUCCAUCUCCUAAGCGCAAAGACCUGAUCAGGAGAUUAACGGUCUGCUGAAAUGAUGUCAGGACUAGAGACUACAAGUAAAUACAAGAUAUUAUCAUAAGAUUAACAGGCUGCUGCUAUGAUGUCAGGACUAGAGACUACAAGUAAAUAAAAGUCAAAUUUCGAAACAAAAAAA